AUGUUUAAACUUUUUGACGAUAAUAUUCUGGAAAUAUUUUUAGAAUCUAAUAUAUAUGUAUUUGUGAUACAUAUUUUUGUAUCCAGAAUUGAAGAUGCAAUAUGUUUUAAAGCUGAAGAUAUCGGUAAAUGCUUAUAUAAAAUUCGUGAUGAUAAUGUUAGACCAAGACAUUUUCUUAGCACAGACAACGAGAAUAAAAUAGAAGCUGUACUUUCAGGUUGUGAAGGCCAUUCCUUACAUGAAUAUAUUGAUGGUGAUGAGCCACUCCAGCCUAUUAUAGAUUUUGAUUUGCUAGUAGAAACAUUAGAUGCUAUUACCCCUAAGCUUUCAGACAAACAG